AGAUUUUAUCAUUAUAUAACAUUAACAAAAGUUUCUUGAAAAUAAGCUUUUUAAAUAUAUAAAUAUAUAAUAGCUACGCGAAUUUACGAUUUAUUUUAUUAAAUUUUCCUUGUAAAAUAAUCAUGGACAAAUCGAGGCGACAGAAGCACAAACGACGAUGUCGUCUGCAUCAGGAGCACAAUUACUCGUCGUUUUAAGCUUGUCGUCGAUGAUAGCCAAAACGAGCAUCCGGACGUGGUACUGGAAGACGAAAACAAGACAAGUACAAGAGAAGAAACCAGACGAAGCUGUCGUAUUAAAAAAAGAAACAAGAGGAGAGAAAAGGAGCCGUGGAAGAGCGCGAUCUUGUUGAACGCCGAUAAUUGCUGGCUUCUAAGAUGAAGCCAAGUUUGAAAGACACAAAAUACACAACGUAAUAAUUGAAUGAUACAAUUGGAAAAAAUUAAUCAAGGUACACGCUCGAAGGCGAAACAGCUACGGCCCUGAUGUGCCCUGUAAAGGGCCCGGCGUGAAAUGGGCCCACUCCUGGGUCAGCCGCAAGAGCCUCCCGGCCCAUUCCAUUCCGGACCCGUCGUAGCCGUCUCUCGCGUGCAUCGUCCGCCGAAGGAAGCAUUCCAUUCAUGUUUCGGAACGCGCAACGCGCUCGUCGCCGCGAGUGAAGGAAGAGAGACCUCUUCUCGGGCCUCUCUUCCCGGGCUAUCUGGCGUCUAGUUUUCGCCUAGACGACGACGACGGACCGUGAUGACGAUCGACGAGUCUGCCAGGAACAUCGUCGUGGUUCCAGCACGUGGUUCUACAUUAUUGUUUCGAGCCGCCACUAUUCGAACGCAUCCGGGGAUGCAGUUGAGGCUGCGCUGGUAGAAGUCGAGAUGUUGUGAUGGCUGGUAAAUCACGACGUUCGAGCACAGAGCUCGAACCAGAUCUAUCGACGCCAACGGCUCCGAAAAAGUCCAAGCAAGCCGAAAAAUCGUCCACGGAGCCCUUAACGGAGGUUCGGAGUACCGAGACACCGUCCACGAGCGAGAUAUCUUUGCAAGCGGAAGUUGUGCUGGUCCAGGAAAGAGGAGAAGAGGAAAAACGACGAACGGGAUUGUCCGAGCGAUCGGUUUCGGUCCAUGAAGCAACGAUCGAGCGAACGGAUCCAAGGAUCUCCGAACGAGAGAAGGCGGCGACCUCGGGCGAAUCGGUCCCGGGUACUUCGAAGGAGGAACAACUCGGCACUCUGAAAUCUAUUGUAAUGAAGUAUAGCGAGCAGAGCGACGAGCUCCCUGGUCUUCCCGGAAGCAGACCGAAAUGCGAGACGACCGUGCAGAGCUUUACGUUGCGCGAACACGCGUCCUACGAAGACCUUUCUGUUAUCGGGAACGGUGCCUACGGUACGGUGUACAAGGCGAAGGACAAGUCCAGCGGUCAAAUUGUAGCGCUUAAGAAAGUUAGGGUACCAUUGACGGACGAUGGCUUACCCAUGUCCACCCUGAGAGAGAUCGCUGCUCUAAAGUCGCUCGAACGCUACGAACAUCCAAAUAUUGUCAGAUUACUCGAUGUCUGUCAAGGAGAUUAUCUUCACUUACCAUCGGGUGAUGGUGAACAAUCCGAGAGACUAGACCGUGGUCUCACCCUCUGGUUGGUGUUCGAACAUGUGGAAAGAGAUCUCGCUUCCUAUAUAGCCAAUUAUCGAGAUAGCUCUCCGCGAUCGGGCAUCUCGCCGUAUCUCGUGAGGCAAAUGUUGAAAGAAAUACUAUAUGGAGUGGAGUUCCUACAUAGCCAUAGAAUAAUACACAGGGAUUUGAAACCGCAAAAUCUUUUGGUAACGCGGGAAGGAAGAAUCAAAAUCGCGGAUUUUGGUUUAGCCAAGACCUACGACUUCGAGAUGAGAUUAACUUCCGUGGUUGUGACUCAAUGGUAUCGAGCACCUGAAGUACUUUUAGGAUGUUCCUAUGCUACCCCUGUAGAUAUCUGGUCUGUCGGAUGUAUAUUGGCAGAACUUUGCAAAUUGGAACCAUUAUUCCCAGGUAGUAGCGAAGGUGAUCAACUCGACAGGAUUUUCCAAGUUUUAGGCACACCGUCGCAGCAAGCAUGGCCACAGAAUGUAUCACUCAGUUGGACAGCUUUCCCAUACAGACAACCUAAACCUCUUGGUGCAAUAAUACCAGAUCUCAAUGAACAUGGAUUAGACUUAAUAAGAAGUAUGCUCAUGUUUGAUCCUCAUAGUCGUAUAACCGCAGCACAAGCAGUAAGACACCGAUACUUUUCUGAAGAAGCUAUACAAUGAAGAUGUACACUGAAGAAUAUACACUGAAGAAUAUACAAUGUUCCGUAAGUUAUCUAGAUCUACUAGUAAACUCAGACUGAUGUAACUGUAUUCAGGACUAAAAACAUUUCUCCAUACGUAAGUACGCUAUAAUAGUACAUAAGAUUAAUAGUUGAUUAAUUAAACAUCUAAUAUAUGAGUAUUAAGAAUCCCACUUGUGCGUUACAAAUUCAAUUAACAAUUAAAAUUAACUGUUUAAUAGUUAAAUUUCAAUCUGUUGUAUUAAAUAGUUGAUAAUAGUCGUUAUGUACCCCUUAUAUUUUAUUUUUAUAUAGUUAAUUUCCCUGUAGUUAAGUUAUUUAGAGUAAACAUAAUGAAACGUCAUAAUUUUGCAAAACAACCUAUGAUAUUUAAGUAAUAUAUAAUUUAAAGGGCUUCUAGGUGUACCUUAAUAUACAAUGUGAGAAUGAGACAAUUAUUAUUUUUGAUAUGUUAUUUAUUUACAUAAUGACGUCUUAAUAUUUCAGUCAAUCAUCUUUUUAUAAAGAUGUUAAGAAUUAUGUUUCUCAUUAAUUUCUUUUAUAUUUUACAUUAUCGUGUUUAACAGCUUAGUUGUAUACAUAUGACAUUAAUAGGAUAAGUUAAGUAAAAUGCGUAUAACUGGAAAGAAAAUCUGAAAGAAAAUAUCUAUUAAUAGUAUGAAAGCGAUUGUAUGUAUAUCGCGAAUACCUUAUUUAACUUUAGUUCAACUAUAUAAAAUUGACAUAAAAUUAAGGUAACAAAUAUGUGUAUGUAUAUUUUUCUAAGACUGGGACUUUAUAUAAUCCAUUAGAGACAUAUGUGAAAGAUUAGAAUCUUCCAUAGAAAACCAGAAAGCGCACUGCCAUAUCUUGUAUGUACCAUGAGCCAUUAAAUAAUCAUUAUAAUAUCAUAUUUUUCAUUAAUGUAUAAUAUUGACGACGUGUAUAGAGCAAUAAUUAUGACAAUAUUUAUGUCAGUUCGUUUAAUGUGCAUUAUUGCGUAUUAAUAAGAUAAUACAAAAAUAUAUACAUAAAUAUAUUGUUAAGAAGA